AGCGCAAAUCCGCCGCACCUCCGCGAGACGAGGCCGCAGCAAUGGCGACCACCGCCUCCUCCUCCUCCCCGCCCCUCGCCUCCGCCUCCUCCUCCGGCCACUUCCUGCCUUGCCCGCGCCGCCGGAGCCGGAGGGCCCGCCCUCGCCUCCGCCUCCGCCUCCGGGCGGGCUCCUCCCUCAAGGAGUGGGGGGACUUCGAGGACGCCGUCAGGAGCCGGGACCUCCCCCGCGCGCUCCGCUUCCUGCAGUCCGUCGAGCCUCCCCCGGCGGGGUCCGCCGGGGCCGUGGCGCGGGCGCCGCUCCCCGUGCCCCCCGGGAGGGACUGGGAGGUGCUGGACGCCUGCAUCGACGCCGACGACAUGCGGCUCGUGGGUCGGGCGUACCAGUUCCUCGCGGACCGCGGGGUGCUCGCCGGCUUCGGCAAGUGCAAGAACAUCGUUUUGGAGGGGCCAAGAGAAGUCACACCAACUGUUCUGAAGGAGAUGACAGGUUUGGAAGCUACAAAGCUUGCACCGAAGAAGUGGGGUCUCUCAGGAAGUUCUUCUUAUGUUCUUAUUGGAUUUCUUGGAGGUGUAUCUUAUCUUCUAACUCAAGGAGUAGAUUUACGGCCUAACUUGGCUGCCAUAUUGGGAUUAGUAACAGCAGAUGCAAUGUUUCUUGGUGGUACUUGUGCUGCUCAAAUUUCAUGUUUUUGGCCUCCUUACAAGCGCCGGAUCCUUGUACAUGAAGCAGGCCAUCUUCUUACCGCUUAUCUAAUGGGUUGCCCCAUACGAGGAGUCAUUUUAGAUCCAUUUGUGGCAUUGCGAAUGGGCAUUCAAGGCCAGGCAGGGACUCAGUUCUGGGAUGAAAAAAUGGAAAAAGAACUUGCCGACGGCCGUCUGUCAAUAACAGCAUUUGACAGAUAUUGCAUGAUUUUAUUCGCUGGAAUUGCUGCAGAAGCACUCGUUUAUGGGGAGGCAGAAGGGGGAGAAAAUGAUGAAAAUCUGUUCAGGAGUUUGUGCAUUCUACUAGAUCCCCCACUCUCUGUUGCUCAGAUGGCAAAUCGAGCUCGGUGGUCAGUCAUGCAAUCCUACAACCUUUUAAAGUGGCACAAGAAAGCGCAUAGAGCUGCUGCCAAAGCACUGGAAAGUGGAUAUAGUCUUAGCACCGUUAUUAGGAGAAUAGAAGAAGCCAUCUCCUCUGACAGAUAGCUGGACAAACUGAUCUCUUAAAUUGUUCCUACGAAUCAAUAUUCCCCGGCAGCUUGCAUAAUAUGCAGAGAUGGAUUUCAAAAUUUGGUUCCUUGGUAGCAGCAAGGAAAGAUUGGUAGCCAUCAAUUAGAAUUUGAAGUUGUGAAUAUUACGGUGCUCCAGGCUGUAGACACUCCCUUGAUGUGGGUAAAAGUGGCCAAAUCAUGUGGGAUUUAUUAGAGCAACUGCUAUUAAGAUUUAUGAGUUGUAUAGAAUAUAUAGCUACUAUAUUUUCCA